AUGGCUAAUCCUGUUCUGACGGCAGAGCUUUCCUUGCGAAGUUUUUAUAUUUUCAAUUCAUCAUUUGGCCCAAAAGAAGGCGAGGAGGAGAAAAAAGUACUUUAUUACCAUCCCCAGGACACGGACAUUGAUACCAAAAUCAAAGACGUUGGUCUCAGUGAGGCAAUAAUAAAAUUUAGCAGCACAUUUACCAAAGAUGACAGCGUACAGACAAUGCAUACGCAGAAAACUUGCCAGUUCUAUUACCAGCCCGAGCCGGGCUACUGGAUGAUCAUGACGCUGAACGUUCCGUUCGAACGAAAGACGCGCGACUCGGGCGAAUAUAACGAAUAUCAUGGCGAUUCGAUACAUGACACCAUCUUCCAGUCGGUGCUGCGUCAGUCCUACCGCAUGUUUCGCAUGUUCCAUGGGACAUUCGCAGACAACCUGCAAGCGACCGAAGAAUUGGACGCACAGGCAAACCUUAUCGGCAUGCUGGAAACGUUUUACCAGAGCUACAUCCUGCACCUGCAGAUGAAGAAGUGCGACGUGGUGGAUGCAUUUGGCAGCGUACAAUAUCUGCCUCUGAACCAACUGCUCUUUCUGAGAGUGCAAAAUUUCAUCAAUAUGAUCGAGGCAACAUUUGCUCCGAUCAAACAUUGCAUUUUCCUGUACAGCGACCAGGUGGUGUGGAGCGGCAUCAAUCCAACCGAUCUGCACACUCUGUACGAGUACUUCCACAGCCCGAUGUACGACCAUGUGUCCCAGUCGAAACAAACGCGUCCUAUCUUUGUCACCGAGGGUGGCAAAAUCAAGCGCUACUCACUAAUGAUGUGCCGCAGGGUGCAAAACAUUUCCCUGUGCUUGCUGCUGGAUGACGACGCGGUGGAGAACGAGCAGUCGCUCUAUCUUGAGCUGAAUGCGGUAGUUAAUCCCCAGCUAACAAGCAUCUCAUCGGACAUUAGCCAACAUCUGCAGAGCGGCGCGGACUCAUGCUACACCAUUGGUUGCUCUAGCACAAACAAGGACGAUUCGGCGACUGCACCAAAGUUCAUCUUUUUCAACGAGCUAAACUUACAACACCGCGGGACUGUUCGGUUAGGCCAGAUGCAGCACCAAUCGGUCGCUGGUAGCGGGUUGCCGAACGACGUGAUGAACCUGAUCGUGGAUCUGCUGGACGACGUCCGGAGCAAUCGAUCAUGCGUAAUGGACGAGACGAUCGUGAAAACACAUGACGAUUACUGGAUCGUAAAGCGGAGCUGUAACUCGAGGCACGUGUUCAUCAUCCUGAACAAAAGCUCCACCUUGAUCGACGUGACGGAGGAAACGAAGAAGAUACUGGACCAACACGUCAAAGGGAUCUUUUUUUAGGGCGAGAACGUGCCGAUAAGCCAUUUCCAGUCUUUCCCUCUGCUCAACCUUUUACCGCAUCAAAUGCAAGACGAGCAGAUUCAAUUCCAUUCUAAAUACAGUGUACCGUAAUCGCUAACGUGC